GAAACAUGCUUUUCAAGUAGUUCCGCUGACAGUAAACAACCAAUGCAGUCCUCCCCACCACACACAGCCAAUAUCUGACAUCGACCAGCAAGUAGCGGGCCAGAACACCGCAUAUCCACCACUACUUCCAGCAGCGGCACCGAAACGGACAUGUACGUUAAGUGAAUGAGCAGAUAGCGAGCACCGCUCACCUGUCAGAGCCGCGGCGAGGAUGGAGGAGAACAUCGAGGAGCUCUCGCCUCUGCGGAUCACCUCCACAGUGCGAGCGCUCAGCUCCGCACUGCGAGGGAAGCGUGAACACGUCAAUGACUCCAGCCGAGUGAAAAGCGACAGGAUGUUCCCCGAACCGGAGAAGCUCUGGUUCAAGGAGAGCAGCGCGAAAAACCUGCGGAACAGGGACUUCUUGUCCCCGAGCACGAUGCUCAACACGCUGUAUGCGGACGGACAGGUUCCUCCGGCGGUCAUGUCCCGAGUUCUGUCUCUCCGAGGCGGUGGGGUGCUUCCUGUGGCGGGUGGGGAGGUGAUGGGCGAGGGCUUGAGGCUGCGAGUGGACCGGGUUGCAGCUUUCAGGGCUGUCCUGGCAGGCGGAACCACUGAGUAUCUCAAGCCCUCGAGUCAGAGGGAGGGCUGUGUGGUGCUCAACUGUCCUGCGCUGCACCCUAAACCCAACACACCCACUCCUGACACGCUGAGCCUGGGCCAGCUGAGAACUGUUCUGCUGACUGACCACAUGGGGGCACUGUUGAGGAGACAAGGAUUUGAAGUUUACUUCUGCCCAACUCUUCCGGAGGACAGCGACGUCGCCGCCUUCCUCCAAGCUCUGGGCAUUGAUUGGCCGACGGCUCCCGCUAACUGUGCGAAUGAUGAGCGGGAGGAGAAGAUCCAGAAAGCGCUAGAGAACUCUCCGUACAGAGAAAGGGGAACAGAGAGAGGCAGGAGGACCAGCGGGGGAGGAGGUAGAAAAGCUGCGGAGGAGGAGAAUGAAGGAGGGCUCCGAAUUAAUUUGAAACGGGUUUUCCAAGAGGAGGGGCUGCUAGGGUAUGACCCCACCCUUGGCACCUGCAAAGUUCACAGAGACAGCGUUUCCCACCUGGCACAACUGGAUCUGUCCACGGCCGAUAUCACCGAAACCAUGGUAACAGUGCUACAUGUGACUUCUUGUCAGGAUGAGUUUCGCCAGCAGCAGAUAGCAGUGCUGUGGCGAGCCAGUGGAGCGACACACUCUCAGAGGCAUCUUGUGUGUGGGCCUGUGAAGACCCCCGGUUCUCACCUCACUGCUGCACAGUACCUACAGCUGAGAAAAGGUCAGAUGAAGGAGGCUUCAGAGAUGAAGUAUGGAGAUAAAGUAGAGGGCCAGACCUGGGAUGACAUCAUCAAAGUCAUGACCUCCGCCACGGUCAGAUUUGAGCUGCUAUCAACAGUUCACACAAGCCCUGUGACGCUGGACGUCCAGAGGGAAGGGGGCGUGUCUACCAAAGGGCCGAGAGGAGGCGUGUUUGUGAUGUAUAACUGCGCCAGAUUGCACACUCUGUUCGACAGCUACGAGAGAGGAGUGGAGAAGGGUCUGUACCCAGAAAUCCCUGAUGGGUCCCAGUUGGACUUCUCUGCUCUCAAAGAAGAGGGUGAGUGGCUUUUACUCUUCAAUUAUCUUAUUCCUUUCUCGGAGCUGCUCGACCAAUCGGGACAAUCACUAGAUUGUGAAGGAGGAGGAGCCAGAGUGAACAUUAAAACCGAACAGAUCUGUAAAUUUCUCGUCUCGCUCAGUAAAGACUUCAGCUCGUACUACAACAGAGUCCAUGUGCUGGGGGAGCCAUUGCCUCACCUCUUCAACCAGAUGUUUUGUCGUCUCCAUCUGCUAAGAGCCCUGAGGGAGCUGUACCACAGAGCUCUGGAGACCCUUAACCUCCCCCCCAUCAGGCAGCUAUAGCCUCAACAUAACACCAUCAUCCUUCACACUUUGCUUCACCCAGUCCGCCUUCUUUCCUAAACUCUUCCCUGUAUGUCGUGUAUCCGGCUGAGAGACUUGCUGUUACAGAUGCUUGUAGGAUUUCUGCCCGUCAGUGUUGGUGGACUUACUGGAGCUGAUUAUUUUAUAAGUGUCACCGUAAGAUAAUUGCUCAGUUGCAGAGUUUUGACAGGAAUAAUUUGGCGUGUUGACUCUGAUGAUGGAUAUGAAUGUCAGUAUGACUCGUCCGUUUCACUCUGACUCUGUCGAUUUUAUUUUUUUCUCUCCGUCCGUUUGGAGAUCAAUCAAAAAAUAUCAAAGUAUUCCUUUACCAUUUUCCAUCAGCACAUCUAGGACCAGAACCGUGACACCAGAAUCGGGCUUUUGAUUUCUGAACUUGUUCUUAGAAUAGCACUACUGACUCAAAAAGACACUGAACCUAACAGAUAUGGUUUGAUAUUUGUGCCAAAAACUGAGUAUUAUGAAUCUACCAAUCAAGAGAUUUAGCUCUAAAACCUGCCUUAAUGUCUGCAUGUUUGCUUUUUGACCAACAUUAAUUCAAAUCAGUUGAAUUUUGUGUAUUUUUAGGAUAAAUUUGAUCAAUUUUGAACCUGGAGGAUUGAUAUUGGUGGAUAAUUUUCCAUUUUUCUAAUUUACUACAGACUAAAAGUCUAAAUCAGAAUAAACAGCCUAAGUUCAGUCACAAAAAAAAAGCUCACCUGUUUCAUUUUCUCUGCGUGAACUGGAUGUAUCUAAAGUCUUGAAGUUGACGCCAAUGAAACUGGUUAAAACUGUAACUAAAGAAAUGCCGAGGCAAACUGAUUCUAAGUUCAGGUUGACGCUGUUCUUGAACGUGGCGAGUAUAUCGCGCGACGAUAAGGGAGGCAGAAAAAAAAACUUUCAAAGCUCAGGUUUGGGAGAAUUGCAGCUAUUUUUAUUAUGUUUUUCCCCCAAUCUAAAAACCAAAAAACUUAAAAUGCAACUUUGUGAGAGAAGUUGAUAACUCGCUCGUUGAGGUCAAAGAAGCUUGUUAAAGUAAACUGGUUUCUGUAAAACUAAACCUUUAAUUUUUUUUGUUGGUCCAAAUCGCAUUCAUGUGUCGCCUCUUUAAAUCACCUCCACUUCCUCUAUGCCUGACUAAAGUUUACUGAUUCCAGUUUGUCUGUGUAUUUGUUCAUGCCAUAGGUAUAUUUAUUGUUGAUUAUUAAAAAAAAAAAGAUAUCUGUACAUUGUGUAUGUUAUGCACACAAGUCUUAAUCUAGUUGUGUUCCUGAAGGUGAAUCCCCCAUUAAAUCCCAUCUAUCCUGCUGGACAAAUCACAGCCGUUAGUAUUAUAUUGUAGAGUAAGUUAUUGACAAAAACCCUAGCAGAUAUUAGGUCGUCGUGCCACAAAGUUAGAAAAUAUAAGACAUAGCAUGAAAUUUAUACGUAAAAGUCUUAUUUAUGGAUUUGGGAAGGGGAGACUUAAUCGCUGAACUUCUUUUUCAUUUUGUAUUAAACUGAUUAUUUUAUCCAUUUGUUUUUGUUUAUUUAAUUUAAAAAUGAAACCAAAUUGGUGUUUUGUGAACAAAUGUCCAACACAAAAACUCACAUUUACAAAGCAUGAUUUCUUUAUUUUGACCCAUGCAGAUGUGCAGGAUGUCUGUUUUAUAGACUUUUGUUUGCCAAGAAAAGGUGACAUGAUUUUAUUUGCCACUGUAAUUGCAAGCAGUAUUAAAGCAGAGGACGUGCAUAAAUGAA